AUGACUGUCACUGACUGCGCAGUGGGAUGCUCCAUCAUCAACUACGGCGAUACCUCCCGCGCGACAACUUGUUUCACAACUCGCUGUUCCACGGUUGUAGGGUGCGAGACCCAUGGAACGACUACGACUACUGACACCACCACAAAUGUAUGCCCCGCGACGAUCGACGUGGGCCCGACGACCAACUGGGAUCCCAACGGCCCUCUCCCGACACUGGGAUCUGACAACAAAUCCACCGCUAGCGGCCGGGGACCAACAACAGAACCGGUGCCCACGACCACCACCGCCCCCUCCACAACCACUUCGAACCCUUCUCAUACAACAUCUCUUCCUUUGCCUACCAUAGAUGAGUCAGGUGUACCAAGCUACUACUGCUUCAAAGACCACCACGAUAGCUCAUACGCAUUCUUCGACUUGGACGGCCUCGAUUCAGCAGCCGGCUCGCUGUGUGGCUCCGGGAAUUCCCUGGGCCCAGGCGGUCCGCCACUCACCUACGUCUAUUCCGAUCCCUACGGCACGAACGUCAUUGCCUCUGUCCAGUGGGCUGACAAUCAGUCCGGCUGUAAUGUCGAGAAGGAAUUCGCGUUGGGGAAAGAUUCCUGUAUAGUAGCCUUCCAGAGAAUAAGCACCAAUUGCGGAGAAGGUAGCACGGAGAAGUAUGGCGGCGGUAUGGUCGUACGAACUUCCGAGGGCUGCAUACAGUGGCUGCUCUAUGGCCAGAAGGUCCAUGGCGAAUGCAGCUGUAAUGAGAACGGAUGCACGGAUGACAGCCCGGCCUGUUGCGCUAACGGCACGUGUGGAAAGAGUCAGAAGGCCACACUAGCGAGAGUUCACUUGAUUGCCUCCAGCGAAGUGGACUCUGCUUACAGUGAUCAGUUGAGUUCGGAUAUGGCAGGCGCCAACAGCUCCAGUCUUGCAGUUACUCCCGUGGGGCCGUCCACUGUUGCGGCGGAAUCCUGA